UUUAAGCUCAGGUGUCAAACAGCCUUGAUACUUAUGAGGAAGUAUCCUAUAAUUGUCAAUCAGCUUAAAAACUCCAAUUUUGCAAUUAACUUAUGAAUAUGAUCCAUACAUUACCUAUUAGAAAAUUUGCCAAUUAGCACUGCAGUGAUUAAUAAAACUGGCUUAUUAAAACUCAAGCAGCAGGUUCCGAUUCGACUCUCAAUUGCAGGUUAGGAAAUCACUGAGGUAAACAUACAUCCGCGACGAAAACUAUUCGAACGUACACUGGCUUUUAUUGUAAUUUUCGCGAAAAAGUUAGUUAGAUUCAAAUUCAAGUAGUUUCAUCUUGCGUCACUGCCUAUAUCUUUCUCCCAUGGGUUUACAAUCUUCAUUGUCUCGAUAAUUAUUAACAUUCACUCAAUCGAAUGUUUGGAAUUAAUAAGAUAUUACACGUACGCACCUCACGUAAUAAAUAAUCGCAAAAAUGUCGGUAAUGCUAACUGCAGAUUGGUUUCCAUUAAGUCGAGACACAUACUUUCGAAAAUUCGAAAUUUAUCCUCUCUCCUUUCGCCAUGAGACUAAUCCUGACAACUUGAUAGUGCUUGCUCCUUAUGGUGGUUCAAUAGCUAUCACUAGAAAUCCUAAGAAGUUUGUGAAAAUUCAAGGCUCGAUCAAAUCUCUCAUAUCUUUAUUCUCGUCUUCUGGAAAUUUAAUGGCAAGAAUGCAGUGGAGCAGUGGGCAACUAAUUACAAUGGGCUGGUCAAAUCAAGAAGAAUUAUUGUGCGUGCAAGAAGAAGGAAUGGUUCUAAUCUAUGAUAUGUUUGGUAAUUACCAGCACACCUUUGGCAUGGGAGAGGAAGUCAAGGAAACCAAAGUUUUAGAAGCUAAAUUUUUUCCAAGCAUUAGUGGUACUGGAGUUGCUGUUCUUACAUCAGCAAAUAGGAUUUUUUUAGUGAAUAAUAUUUCAGAACCAAAAGUUAGAAAGUUUUCCGAUAUACCUAAGAUCGGUGGGGCAAUUACAACUUGGUGUGUAGUACCACAAGAGCGAGAGAGUCAAGUUAUAUUAGCAAAUCAAGAUGGAAUUUAUUUGCUUCAUCAUUCCUAUCAAACGCCAGUUUCUUUGCCAUUUAACAAAUUGUUUAGCAAUAAAAUUAGUAGCGUAAGUGCACUGGCAGUUUCAGCGAAUAAUCGACACAUAGCUUUAUAUGCUGAUAAUGGCACUUUGUACCUUGGAUCAGUUAAUUUCAAGGAAAAGUACUGCGAAUACAUGACAAAUAUGAAAGAUCCAUUAACUGAUAUUGCCUGGUGCGGAUCCGAGGCUGUGGUUUGCUGUUGGGAUAAGAAUUUGAUGAUAAUUGGCUGUUCCAAGGGAGGUGAAGUAAUAUCCUUUUCGUAUGAUGGACCAGUGCGUCUGAUCACAGAAAUAGACUGUGUUCGAGUUCUAACGGCCUAUUCGCAUGAAAUUAUUCAAAAAGUUCCUAAUGUUGUGCAGAAAAUAUUUAAAAUAAAUUCAACGGAUGCAGCCUCUUAUCUUCUGGAAGCUUCAAAACAGUUUCAGAAAGGAAGCCACAAAUCCGAUAGUUACAUUGAUUUAGUUAAGGAUAAGCUUGAUUCUGCUGUGAUGGACUGCGUCAAUGCUGCUGGUCUUGAAUUUGAUUUUCAAACCCAAAAACUGUUAAUGAAAGCAGCAAAAUUCGGAAAAGGAUUUAGUAAAAAUUUUAACCCGGAUCCAUAUGUUGACAUGUGCAGAAUCUUAAGGGUGCUAAAUGCUAUCAGACAUCCUAACAUCGGAUUACCGUUAACUUAUAUCCAAUUAAACACACUAACAUGUCGAGUGAUGCUGGAUCGACUGGUGUCCAGGAGACAUUACUACCUCGGUAUUCAAAUUGCCAGACAUCUCCAACUUCCAGAAAUUGAUGGUGAAAGCAGAAUAUUAGCUCAUUGGGCCUGUUAUAAGGUAAAACAAACACAAUUAGAUAAAGAACAAAUUGCAGAAGAAAUCGCAGAUAAGCUUGGAUAUGCCCCAGGUGUGUCCUACAGUGAAAUCGCUAUCAAGGCUGCAGAUUGUGGACGAAAACAACUUGCUAUAAAGCUGAUUGAUUAUGAACCAAAAGCUCACUUGCAAGUUCCUCUCCUUUUGAGGCUGGGGGAAGAAAAAGCUGCAUUAAAUAAAGCAGUGGAAAGUGGAAAUACUGACUUAGUUUACACAGUCAUCUUACAUUUACGAGAACACAUGCCAUUAUCAGAUUUUCAGAUGACUAUCAUGCACUGUCCGUUGGCCAUGACGUUAUAUACGAAGUAUUGUCAAAAUCAUAACCGAGAAACGUUACGUGAUAUUUUUAAUCAAUAUGAUGAAUAUUUUUCUCAAGCUCUUUGGUUUGUUAGAGAAAGUUACCAGAAUCCAACAUCCAAAGAAGCUAUGUUACAAUCUGCUUUUGAUAAUUUUAAAUUGGCUCGAUCUGAAGCAAAUGCCGCCUUGACACAGGAACAAAUAAAGUUGCUGAGAUACCAGCGUUCUUUGGAAGAAACUUUGCAUGAGUCUGUAUUGGGAAAACCAAUUCAUGAGACUGUAAAAAUUCUGCUUCUCCGUAACGAAAUAAAAUUAGCCGAAAAAUUGAAAGUAGAAUACAAGUUUUCAGAUAGAAGGUAUUGGUGGCUACAAAUACAAUGCUUAGCAGAACAGCAAUUGUGGAGUGACCUGGAAAAGUUUUCCAAGAGUAAAAAAUCACCAAUUGGAUACGAGCCUUUCAUAGACCAAUGUUUAAAGUUCAAAAAAGAUACGGAAGCUAAAAAAUAUCUUCCUCGAAUCAAAGAAGAGUCAAAAGUCAAGUAUUUAAUGAAAUUAAAUAUGUUGUUAGAAGCUGCAGAAACCGCGUGGGAGCAAAAAGAUGUGGCCACUCUCACAUUUAUACUAUCUCGAUGUAGUGAUGAAAGAUUACAGGAUAAAAUCAGUGCUAUGAUGGUUUCUUUAAAAGGGAAAAGAUAAGAAGCGCAAAAAAAUAAGUGCUGUAAUAUAUAUGCUAAAAAUACCUUUUAUUAA